AUGCAGCCGCCGCCCCGAAAAGUGAAGCCGGCUCAGGAGGUGAAGCUUCGCUUCCUGGAGCAGCUGAGCAUCCUUCAGACCCGGCAGCAGAGGGAGGCAGAUUUACUGGAGGACAUCAGGUCCUACAGCAAGCAGAGGGCAGCCAUUGAACGGGAGUAUGGGCAGGCACUUCAGAAACUGGCUGGGCCAUUCCUGAAGAGGGAAGGGCACCGGAGUGGGGAGAUGGACAGCAGACCUUCUAUGGGGAGAGGCAGGAUGGUGUUUGGUGCCUGGCGCUGCCUGCUGGAUGCCACCGUGGCUGGGGGCCAAGCCCGGCUCCAGGCAUCUGACCGAUACCGUGACCUGGCAGGGGGCACAGGGCGGAGUGCCAAGGAGCAGGUGCUUAGGAAGGGAGCAGAGAACCUGCAGAGGGCACAAGCUGAGGUGCUGCAGUCUGUCCGGGAGCUGAGCCGAAGUCGGAAGCUGUAUGGGCAGCGGGAACGUGUGUGGGCCUUGGCACAGGAGAAGGCGGCUGAUGUCCAGGCUAGACUGAACCGAAGUGACCAUGGGCUCUUCCACACUCGAACCAGUCUCCAGAAACUCAGCACCAAGUUGUCUGCCCAAUCAGCCCAGUACUCCCAGCAGCUGAGAGCAGCCCGCAAUGAGUACCUGCUUAACCUGGUGGCCACCAAUGCCCACCUUGACCACUACUACCAGGAGGAAUUGCCAGCCCUGCUCAAGGCUCUGGUCAGCGAGCUCUUGGAACACUUGAGGGACCCCCUGACCUUGCUAAGCCGCACUGAGCUGGAAGCUGCAGAGAUGGCCCUGGAGCAUGCCCGCCAUGGAGCACAGGCAACCUCCCAGGUAAGCUGGGAGCAAGAUUUGAAGCUUUUUCUUCAGGAGCCUGGAGUAUUUUCCCCCACACCACCUCAGGAGUUUCAGCCUGCAGGGACUGAUCAGGUGUGUGCCUUGGAGCUGGAGGGGGACGCAGGAGGCAUGGCUGGGGACAGUAGCCUGGAGAAAGAGGUUCAGCGCUGGACGAGCCGAGCCGCCCGAGACUACAAGAUCCAGAACCAUGGGCAUCGGGUGCUGCAGCGGCUGGAGCAGAGGCGACAGCAGGCUCCAGAGCGGGAGGCUCCAGGCAUAGAACAGCGGCUGCAGGAAGUGAGGGAGAGCAUUCGGCGGGCACAGGUGAGCCAGGUGAAGGGGGCUGCUCGGCUGGCCCUGCUACAAGGAGCUGGCCUAGAUGUGCAGCGCUGGCUGAAACCAGCCAUGACCCAGGCCCAGGAUGAGGUGGAGCAGGAGCGACGGCUCAGUGAGGCCCGACUGUCCCAGAGGGACCUGUCUCCUACGAUCAUUGAGGGGGUGGUCUCUGACAUCCUGGAAAUAGGGACAGCAGCAUCACUGGGGGACAGCAGUCCCCUGGCUUCAGGAACCUAA